CUUACGGAGGAGAAGAGUUGGGUUGUUGUUGUCUCAGACUGGUUUUCUCAAGUAAUUUCUUCUUUGCUAAACAAUGGAGGUGGUGAGGCCAUGGGAGGAUGUAGAAGCUGAGACUGAGGAAGUGCCUCUCAGAGCAAGGCUGCCACGUCAGCACAUUGCUUCCAAGGAUGAUCAUGAGUCCACUGACUCUUCUUCUAGUGAAGAUGAGUCUUCAUUGGAGAAGAAAGUUAAUGGAAAAUCAAGUAAUGGGGUUUCCCAUAAAGGAAAUGGAGAAGACACUAAAUCCACAAAUGGGAAUCAUGGCUUAGAAGAUGCUGUUGUUGAUAUGCCCAUAUCAAAGGUUGAAAAUCCAGUGGAUCAGAUACUAGAAUUUGAAGCAAAUGAUGACUUAAACAGUCAAAAUGAGGUUGAAAAAGAGACUAAGGACUUACCUAGUUUUAGUCCUUCACCUUCCCAGGAGGUAUAUGAAAUCCAUAGCUCUCCAAACGAUGGGACUACUCAAUAUGUUGAAGUUGACUUAAGAGACAAAAAAAUUGAAUCUGAAUUGAAAGACAAAACUACUGAAGAAUUGAGGGAAUUGUACCUUGCGAAACUAUGCGAAAAGCCGGGCCCUCAUGAGUUCUACUGUCCUAAUUGUAACACUUGCAUUACAAAGGUUCUUGUUCGUGAUAGAGAGGUGGAAAUCAGACCUUCUACUCCACCGCCGCCGCGUCCUCAAUCGGUUGAAACCUCUAGAUGCACAUCUUGCUUAAGUUUCCUUCUCAUUCCUGCUGGUUGGUUCAAAUGGUCCAGUGCUGAUACAGCAGACAACGAUUCCGAUGAAGAAGUACCAGAUCAUCCAUUACAUAGUUCACGUGAUCCGGGACACGAUCAGAAUAGUGAAGCUGCUGCUUCCCAACCUUCAGUGCCUGAACAAGCUGGUGUGGCUAGUGGACCUGCCAGUGACAACACUAAGCCCGUAGAAAUUAUUUCUAGGGGCGGCACUUGGCUUGACGCUGUUCUACCGUUUAACAAGACUAAAAUAGUGCCCGGUCAUGGUAGUGGAGCUCCCGUAGCUGAAGAGGUACUUCCAGCUAUCGCAACUCUGGAAACUAAACCUUUGUUAGAUAGUUCUGCAAUAGCUAAACCCUUGGAAAACAAUGCUGACCUUCAAAAUCCAGUUCCAAAUGAUGAGAAGAUGACAUUUCCUGAUAAUUCCUCUGGGGUUACUGUAAAUGUUAUAACCAAGCCCUCGACAUCUGACAUCGUAACUGUUACAACAACUCAUACGGAACAGCACUCAGAAAUAGCAGCUAGUGAUGCUGCUGUAGUAGACAAGUACAAAGGGCCGCCCCAAGAUGUGCGAACUGACUCAACGACCAUCACCAUUACAUCGGUCCAUACUCCACUGCUUCAAGUUCAAAGGAGUCCUAAAUCGUUGGAUAUCAUAAAGAGCAUUGUUUAUGGUGGUUUAGCUGAAUCACUUACAAGCUUAGGCAUUGUGACUUCCGCUGCUAGCGGUGAUGCCUCAACAUUGAACAUCUUAGGUUUGGCACUGGCAAAUCUGAUAGGUGGACUGUUUAUUAUUGGUCACAAUCUUUGGGAACUAAAAGAUGACAAAUCGAAAAUUCCUUCCACUGACGCAGACGAACAUGUGGAUCGAUAUGCAGAAGUUCUUGGAAAGAAAGAAAACUUUGCCCUUCAUGCCUUUGUUGCAGUGUUAUCAUUCCUUAUUUUCGGAUUAGUUCCUCCUGUGGUUUACGGCUUCUCAUUCCGUGAGAGUAACGACAAGGACCUCAAGCUGGCAGCAGUCGCUGCAGCCUCUCUCGUGUGCAUCACAAUACUGUCGAUCGCAAAGGCCUACACACUGAAAUCUAACUAUAUCAAAACGGUAACUUACUACAUUGCCAUUGGUCUUGCUGUUUCGGGUGCUUCUUACUUGGCAGGCGAGUUGAUAAACAAGCUAUUGGAGAAGCUUAAAUGGUUUGACUCAGCUUCACCCGCUGCUGCUCUUAGUCUUUGUGGAAAGAACACAGUAAACCCCUCAUGGCAAUCCUAUUAAACUACUAACCAUAUAACGAGAACCAAACCAUUUUUGUAGGUAUUGUCUACCUUGAGAAUGAGAAGAUUGUUAUGUUAUGAAGUGGGGUUCUUUUAAUCUCUGUUUUAGUUUUUUCUUGGCUUGUUUUGAAGCUAAAAUGAAUCACCAUACACUAGUAUGGGGAUUGAAUGAGGGUAGUGCUGCUGUGUAUCAAAGUUUUUGGUCCAUUUUUUCAUUUAUUUGUAGUCGAGUUAUGUGAUAUUCAGCAGUAAUAAAUUAGUGCUUACUGUCUUUGAACUUGUCUCGUCUAUGUAAUCAUAAACUUUCUUGUUGAUAAAACUCGUCGAAGUUCAGAUUGAAUGA